UCGGAGGACUGGUCAAAUGAGGUGCGGUCUCCUAAGCUGAUGGCGGGUCUUUUGCGAGUACCCGGCCGAAUUACGCGGCCUCUGGGUGGCCAGUUUUGGCGUCUCUUGCCUCACGGGCUUGAAUUUUGGGGCCCGGCCGAGGGGACUGCGAGAAUCCUGCUGAGGCAGUUCUGCGCGCGGCAUGAAGUGUGGCGUGCCUCGGGGCUCGCUGGCAGCUGCCUGGGAAGCCGGGCCCUCAGCACAGCGAUGCCGCCACCCCCAGGGUCAUCAGGGCCUGAGCAAACCGGCCGCGGAGACCCCACGCGCCCCUCGAAGCCCGGGCCUGUUUCCUGGAAAUCUUUAGCAUUCACAUUUGCUGUUGGAGGAGCUUUACUGGCUGGAAUGAAGUAUUUCAAGAAAGAGAAGGAAGAGAAGCUGGAGAAGAAACGGCAGCGAAGCAUCGGCAAACCUUUGCUUGGGGGACCAUUUUCCCUCACAACUCAUUUUGGGGAGCCUAAAACUGACAAGGACUACCUGGGCCAGUGGAUAUUGAUUUAUUUUGGUUUCACUCAUUGCCCUGAUAUUUGUCCUGAAGAACUAGAAAAAAUGAUUCAAGUCGUGGAUGAAAUAGAUAGCAUUCCAACUCUGCCAAAUUUAACUCCACUUUUCAUCACCAUUGACCCAGAGAGGGACACGAAAGAAGCCAUCGCAAAUUAUGUGAAAGAAUUUUCUCCUAAACUGAUUGGCUUGACUGGCACAGAAGAAGAGAUUGGUCAAGUGGCCAGAGCAUUCAGAGUGUAUUAUAGUCCUGGCCCCAAGGACGAAGAUGAGGACUACAUAGUGGAUCAUACAAUAGUAAUGUACUUGAUUGGACCAGAUGGUGAGUUUCUAGAUUAUUUUGUCCAGAACAAGAAGAAUGCAGAAAUAGCUGGUUCAAUUGCUGCACACAUGAGGGCACACAGGAAAAAGAGCUAGCCAAAGCAGCAUCGGUGGAUGCAACAUUCUCUUGCUAAAGUGGAAGGAAACUGUCUCCCAUAGGAGCCUAUAUAUAUGUGCAACUUACAGAAUGACCUUUGUACCAUGAGAACUUUUCUGUUUUGAAUGAAACCAGAUAGACUCUUGGAACUGUAAAGAUUAAACCCAGAGUCUCCCAGGUAGCUGUGGUGAGACCAGAGGACCAGGCUUAAGUGAAGCCAGUGAAGAAGCGGACCCGCAGAAGGACAUAGCAAGGAGAGCACAGCCAGCAUGUUUCCCUUGUGAAUGGACCUCUCCAGCAUCUUGGACUCUUGCUUAUACAGAUUGUAGGACUGAAUUUCAUGGAAAUGGCUGUAAUUUCCAUAGUAUUCUUGCUUUCUUCUUGAGUUCUUUGCUCUUCUGAGUUCUUGGUGACUGAUAACAGUCAAAUUAGGCUCUCUGUCAUCAAAUUAACCUUUAUACUUGAAACCAUAAGUUUAGGCUUCUUUGUUAAUGAAAAUCACUGUCAGGUUUGCAUUUCAUUGCCCUGUCUUCAAGUGUUGAUUAAUGAAGAUUGACUAAUGAUGAGGAAAUUGAUUGGAGAAAACUACUAGUUUGAUUUCCCGAGGGGUCCUUUGUGCUAUUUUUUUAGCCAAUUGAUAUGCCAGGUUCUCAAUGACAUACCAUAUGGAAAGAAGAGUAUAUUGAUCAUGAAUGUGAUACAGAGUACUUUACUGUGUAUAUUGAAUUGUACUGUGUGGACAAUAAAGACAUAUUUGGUUUUGCAACUCAAA